AUGGACGUCCAGGCAGAAGCUCAAUCUCUCCUUGGAGAGCUUGAAAAGCUCACUUAUACAGAACGUGUGGCUCGCAUGGUAAGACUGGGGGCAGAAUCUCGACAGAAUCAGAGUGUGAAAGUACUAAUUAGCCAUUUGGCCUCAAAAUCACCAUACGAACAGCUCCUGAGCUUGAAAUCUUGCCAUGGUAGCCGGGACAUCACGUUUGCCAAGCACAUCAUCGAGCUUUCGUCAUCAAAGCAUCUCAAGAAACGAGCAAUCGAUCUGUUCGCGUUGUAUGGCAAUGACGAAGACUUGGUUUGGGCUUUGAAAUCCGUGCCGGAAUAUCUCCAGGUUGCGACCAUUCGCCGCCUGCGGCAUGCACGUGGAAAUCGAAAGAGACCGGCUGUCAUCGAGAAAUAUCUGGAAGAUUUGGAAGGAGUCGAAGAAAACUCGAAAUGCGUCCAGAGAUUGUUCCUUCUUGGGUCGCAGGCUCUGGUUGAAAGGGAAGAGGCCGAUAACACAGUGAUACCGAAAAUCAACUCUGUACUUAACCAGUGGUUAUCUCACGAAUACACAACCAGCAUCGCCGUUGAGGUUUUGCGCCAUGCGCUAAACAAGAUCAACAUUGCGCAACUGCCAAUCAUCACAUUGAUGGAGAAAUGUCCAGUCAAAGCUGUGGAUCUUAUUCUAGGUUUUGAUCAUAACCUUACCAAGGAUACCAUUGAAAACCUACACUGGCGGUCCUUGCGAAAUUUACCCAUGUCAUCCUUUCAGCCACUCUUUGAACGUUAUCCUGGCAUCGUGGACAAGUACGAACUCAGCCUUUUCCGACCCAAGCAACGUCUUUUAGCUUAUCAGAAGUACCGGAAGGGAUGGCGUGCCGAUAAUGGAAGACUUAAUGCAGAUAUUCUCGAAAGAUUGCCAACUCAAGAGCGCGUUGCGGAAGCACGCCGACAUCUGAAGCUGCGAACAUUCGAGACGAAACCUUCAGAAAAGAUUCCGUACAUCGCGUUCCUUCCAUGGGAUGAGUCUAUCGAGCUACAAACGCCCUUCAUCAAGUCAGGUGAUGCUCAGAUCCGGUCGGCUGCCAUCACCGUACAGAUCAAAGCUGUAAAAUUCGAUGAGACUCACAUCGAAGAUGCCUUGAAGAUUGUUUUAUCUCGGAAGAAUGAACAAGAUCCUGUUAAGAAUCAAUUGCUGUCAGCUCUGUGGGACAUUCCGCCAGGGAGAUGGAAGGAGAGCCACCUGGAAAUUCUAGACGAAAUUAUCCCCAGCUUCUUGAAGUCCACGGACGUUUCGGCAGCGACUCUUUACGAGAUUAUCGCUCUUCUCGGUCGAGCUCUCUCAGUGCACCCUGAGUGGGCUGCCAAAUAUAUGGGCAAAAUUAUGCGAGAGCGUGACAGUGUCACGUUUCGUCUGACGCUCUUCGGCCCUACGCCCGUCAAAGAAAUCAUGGGUUGUAUCCAGAAAGAACUAUCGCCCUUGAUUGAGCAGUUGUUGCGCAAGAAAGAUAUUCCUUGGCUUGUAAACCUGGAGUAUGUAUUCAAUGACUACACCAAGCAUUGGCCGGAGUACCUUGAUGCUUGCGAACAAGCACUUCAUCUGCCAGACGUUGAUGGGUACAUGUGCACACGACUACUUGAUAUUCUCAAGAAGCAUAAGUCUGGAUCUUGGACUCGUAUCCUACCUUCUGUGAUCUUCGACAACACCGAUAUUGCUUCAGAGUCUAGCGUUGCUUUCCAUAUUCACCGUCGACAGCAGAAUCUGCUUGAUGCUUACCUGAAAGUUGAGGAAAAGGAACCGAGAGAACGGAGGAAUGCGCUCAAAGAGCUUCAUGAUGGCUUCUGGCGAUGGACACCGGGUCAGCAAGAAACACUCACGUAG